GGCUGCUGGUUUGCUGAUGCUGAUGUUCCUCGGCUAUGCUGAGAGCAGCGUUGGCCCAAGUAACUCCAGCACAAGCUUCUGUACGGAGUCUAAGGAAUGCCUCCAGUUUGACCUCGUCUGCAAGACAGAAGAUUAUGAGGUGCGUCACUACAGCCCUACGCGCUGGGUGUCGACGGAUGCGGAGGCCUACUUCAUGGGUGUGGGGGCGGCCAUGGCUUUCAGGAGGCUCUUCCAGUACAUCUCUGGAAGCAACGAGGAUGGUGUUAAAAUUGAGAUGACUGCUCCGGUGCUGGUGAGGAUCCCCGAGGAGACCAAGAUGUGGGAGCCGGCCGUCUACACGCUCAGCUUCCUGUUGCCCUCAGCCUAUCAGGACAAUCCUCCCGCCCCCACCAACGACAAGCUGUACUUCACUGAGAUGCCGGACAUGGAGGUGUACGUGCGCAGCUACGGGGGCUGGAUGCUGUCCGUCACCUCCAGGCUGCACGCCCACCUGCUGACCAAGGAGCUGCAGAGGGCCCAGGCCAAAUACAACCACACCUACCACUACGGAGUGGGAUACGACAGUCCUCUGAAGCUCCUGAACAGGCAUAAUGAGGUGUGGUAUGUAUCGGAGGACGAGCCCGCGUGUGGCAGCCCCACACCAGCACCGGCCGGGAGGUCCACUCCUUAGGACACGGGAUAACAGGGAUGAGUGGACAGAGGACACGGUAGAGAAGAGAAGAGAAGAGAAGAGACGAGACGAGACGAGACGAGAC